UGUAUUUUCCUUAAUAGUCACAGCUUCUACCACUUUUGAUACCAAUACAUGCUUUUUUUUAAAAAUAGUAGCUACAAUCUUUAUCAAAAUCUCUUCAAAUAAAAGUUUAAAAUCAAAACCUAAAGUGGAAGUCGUUAUCAACCGGAGCUAUUUUGACUAAACCAAAUCAAUCCGGCCUGGUUAAACAGAACUAUAUUAUAUCGUGAACUUAGCCAACCGAAUCCGUCUAAUGGCCGAACCAAAGAACUGUAUAACAGAUUUGAUGCUUUGGGAGAGCUUGGGAUCACGUGCAAUUGAGGACGUGUGUCGUGAUUUCAUUGAUUGGUAACCGUUAACGUUAUCCUUAAAUUGAAGAUUCAAUAUAAGUUACAUUCUUCAAUCUUAUUAAGGCUCAUUAAAUAUAACAUCAAUGGGCCACUUAUAAGGCCCAUAACAAGUUAAAGCUUUUUCCAAACCGACAAUCAUAUUGUCCCCCAUCCGCUAUAAAUAUAGCAAUUGCGCAGUAUAUAUCCUUAACGCCUUUUACUUGCUCACGUUUUUAUCAAACUGCACUUUCUAAAUCAGCAAAACAGCGUCGAUCUUCAAGCAUGAGCAAAGUAGGCGGCUCCGGCAAAGGUUUUUCAUAUUCCGACAGACAGCGGCCGAAGAAUUUGCCACCUAUCCGGAGUAACCGGUUUCAGAAAAGCGGGAACAAGGAGGUAUACGAGACGAAGGACAUGGAGAACGCGUUUGUGAUGAGGGUAGACAUGCCUGGGUGUUCUGCGUCAAGCUUCGUCUACAGGGUCGAGGAGGAUAAGAACGUCUACUUCUCCGCCCACGAACCCGACAUGCCCGAGUACGGCCACGACGGACGCAAAUACGAAGGCACAUUAGUUUGCAAUCCAGCGGUUUUCGAGGCGAAGGAAGCUAAGGCUGAACUUGUCGAUGGAGUGAUGUGGCUCACCGUUCCCAAGAUUCCUAGAGAAGAGGAGUCCGAGCAUUAUGUCCUUCAGAGGAUGCUGAAGCUCAAGAUUACAAGCGACAUGUUUCGAUCAUGAGAGCCCGUACGUCUUGUCUAGACUCGUGAUGGUCUCUAGGGGUUUACGGGUCGGUCUUCUCUUUAUCGGUAACUUUUAUU